UAUAAUUAUUCGAAAAAUAUAAAAGUUAGUAUUUUAGUUCUUUUCUAUGCAGGAAAUAUGGGUGUUUGUUUAAGCAGCCGAGACAAAGAUGGUGGUGAUGAAAAUUCAGAAAAUAGAUUUUGGGUAGUAAAUAUUAAUGAUGAUGGCAAAAAAAUCUGUCCUGGUGUCAUGGAGCUUACGGGGACCAGUUUAAUUUUUCAUCUUAAGAGAGGCGGCUUUGUGAAGUGGCCCUACAUCAGUUUGGUGAAGUACGGCUGUGAUUCAAAUAUCUUCUCCUUUGUCUGUGGGACUCGCUGUCAAACAGGAGAAGGUAUAUUUGCCUUUAAGUGCAACCGUGCAGAAGAAUUAUUCAGUUUGUUGCAGUGCUGCAUGCAGAAUAACAGAAUAAGUGUGAUCUCAGACACAGACUAUGACACUCCUACAGGUUCAUCCACACUCCAAAGGCUGCCUUAUCAAUAUGAUAGAUAUCCCUCUUUCCCAGAAGCCUUGUCUGUUUUGUCCUCUCUUCAGCGUUCUGAACCAAUUGGGGGAGAGGGGUUCCCUGAGGCAGCUCCCUUCCUUGCUGAAGAACAAAUUCAAAAUGUCCCAGUACUUACAGAAGAUCGAAUGAGACCAAGGAGUCACUUACUUCUGACAAAAAAGCCAUCCUCUGGUUGUUCUAGCCAAGUUUCAGGUAACAGUUAUUUUGAGAUGGAAGAGCCUACGUUAUGGGCUGAUCACCAAGUAUCAAAAUCUUAUCAAAGGUCAAACUUUAUAUAUCGAAAUCCGUGUGAUAAGGAAGAACUGGAGCUACGAGGAAGCUUUUAUGGAAAGGGAGAUUUUGGCUUGUGUGAUACUGGUUAUGACAGCGAUGAACGCAGAGAUUCGUGCCUCAGAAGCUUGGGGUAUGAGAAUAUCGCUGCUCUUCCUAAUGAAUCUUUACGGUCACGAAGCUUGGUGGUUUCAGUCAGCAGCUCGGGCUCUCAGACGGUGAAUCUUGUCCCAUCAAAGGCCCUAAUAACUGGCACUGAAAGUCAACCAUCAACUCCGUCUGUCUUUGAAGAGAAGUAUAUUUUAGAACCGAAGACGCAGCCCUGCAUGAAUGAUACCAACGGUUCGAGGAACCAGUUACUUAACAGACUCUCUCUUGGGAGAGAUUCUUUAACUCGAUCAGAUUGCACAGUUACGUAUUUUAAUUUUGAUAUCAGACAACCGCACCAAGAAUCUACAAAACUUAACUACAUCCAAGUGGAGAUGGAAAGUGGUUGUGAUUCUGACAGUCCCCGGACUCCACAAAGUGACAUCUCGGUCCCACUUGUCACGGGUCAACCCUCGGAGUUCUAUACUGAACUGGACCUAGAGAAAACUGCUGCCUUGUCACGAAUACACAAAUGUAUAGCAGCAGAUGACGGCACGCGAAAGACGCGGCAUAACAGCAAACAUUUCCCAGCUUGAUCAGAGAUUUUUAUUUUUACACACAGUAGGAAAGCAUUUUAUUCCUGAAGUGUAACUUGCUAUCUGUGUUUGCUGUUACACCUAGAAAAAAAAGGAUUUUUUUUUUUCAUUAAAAGCACUAAUUUCA